AUGCCAACAUAUGACCUACCACCCCCACAGUCCUCAACGAUUUCCCUACCUCGAUCAUUUUCAUCACCCGUGGUACCUUCUCCUCCAAUGAACACCAAAGCCGCCAAUCCAACCUUGCCUGAACUGCCAGAAAACUCGGUUCUCGUCUCGAUACCCAUCAAUACACCAUCCGAUCACCCAAGAGACAUCGCACCACCGGUCGUGCAAGAUUCAUGUACUGCCGGAGAAGAAACAAGAAACACUGAGAUGAAAAUUUCAAUUCCAGCAUAUCGAAGGUCGGCCUCAGAAAGACUUCCUAUAAAUACCGUCAACACGAACCGGACUCAGAAGUUGAAUCCCGUUGUUCAACUCCUCCGGGAUCAAGAAUUGGGUAAAACAGUGCUUGGUUUUGUCGUGCCACUGACAGCUGUUUUCCUUUCAGCCUAUGCCAAGGAUUCCCAUUCAUCGGUGCGGCUUUUAACAGUUCUGCCACUAUGCAUAGGGCUCACAGCAUUGUGGAAUGGUCUCCUGCUUCGCACUACCUUCCAUAGAUUUUCAAUCGCACUCGAACAAAUCGGAGCCGGGUGUAUUCUGUUUGCGUUUUUUGGGGUGAUGGGAUCAUUUCUUCCUCCACAGGUUUCUUGGGCUUCCUGGAUCUACAGUAGCUAA